UCUUACAAGAUGGAUACAAAAUUACCGUUAUGUGUGGUCAUAUCGUGUUUUAUACACGCAGUAUUAGGAAUGGAUCCGGAAAUGGCAGAACUGGCCAAGAUGUUGAGAGACAACUGUGUGGAGGAAACAGGAGUUGACGUGGGAUUAAUUGACAAGGUCAACGCAGGCGCGGACCUGAUGCCCGACGGUAAGCUCAAGUGCUACAUAAAGUGCGUGAUGGAAACAGCUGGCAUGAUGUCGGGGGGCGAGGUGGACGUGGAGGCGGUGGUCGCGGUGCUGCCCGAAGAGUUGCAGAAGCACGCGGACACCAUGCGAGGUUGCGGCACGCAGAAGGGCGCCGACGACUGCGAUACCGCCUUCAAAACGCAGGCCUGCUGGCAGCAGGGCAGCAAAUCGGACUACAUACUAAUAUAAUAGUUGCUGCAGUAAUUCCUCAAACCAACUAUACUAUAAUAAUAAAGCUAACAUGGUUGUGUUUUUGUUUUGUUUUUGAUGUGAAGCAUCUAUAGCCGUACGUUAAACCGAUUUCUGGCGCGGCGACGCGUAUGAUUGAAUUU